AGGCAGCAGCAUGUUACAGCUCAUUUCAACAAUUUCCUCUAGAGGUCCGCUGAACUGAUCCACUAUGAGGUUUCUACACAUUCUGUGUUUCACCUUCUUGCUCUGCGGCCUGUGUGUGAGGGCAGAGGUUGAAACCACUGAUGACAACAUCGAAGAAAAAGAAAACAACAGUGAAGAAAAAGUUGAGGACACCUCUGAAGAAGACACAGAACCAGAGAAACAAGAAAAGACAGAUGAAAUAACAGAAGAAAAAGACGUUUUGGUCCUUCAUAGUGUCAACUUUGACAGAGCUCUCAGUGAGAACAAGUAUCUGCUCGUGGAAUUUUAUGCUCCAUGGUGUGGUCACUGCCGCGAUCUGGAGCCCAUUUAUGCUGAAGUGGCUGGACAACUGAAAAAUGAGUCAUCUGAUGUACGGCUGGCCAAAGUGGACGGAACAGAAGAGAAAGAACUUGCCUCAGAGUUUGGUGUAGAGGGUUUUCCCACACUUAAAUUCUUCAAAGAUGGCAACAGGCAAAAUGCCACAGAUUUUUCUGGAAAGCGAACUGUAAAAGGAAUCACAAUGUGGCUGGAGAGGCACACGGGCCCCAGCGCUACUGUUCUCAAUGAUGUGAAGAGUGCCGAGGCUCUGCUGGAUGCAAAUGAUGUGGUUGUGGUUGGAUUCUUUCAGGAUUUGGAAGGAGAUAAGGCAAAGACAUUCUAUGAUGUAACUUUAAUAGUAGUGGACAUUAACUUUGGCAUCACAAGCAACCCAGAGCUCUUCAAGAAGUAUGAUGUAAAGAGUGACUCAUUGGUGCUCUUCAAGAAGUUUGAUGAAAAGCGGGCAGACAUGCCACUCUCCGAGGAAGUCAAGCUUGAUAAAGGGGAUCUGAUUUCAUUCAUCCAUUCUAACAGUAUGAAACUUGUCAUUCCAUUUAAUGAAGAGAAUGCUGAACAAAUUUUUAAGUCUAAGGUUCGCAAACAUUUGCUCCUAUUCAUUAAUACAACUGUGGAAUCCCAGAAUGCACUGCUCGAAGAUUAUAGAGAUGUUGCCAGUGAGUUUAAGGAAAAAGUGAUUUUCAUCACGUUAGAUGUUACACAUGACAAAGUGGAUCAUGUGCUGAAGUAUUUCAGUAUCUCUAAAGAUGAUGCUCCUAUUAUUCGCCUGAUCAACACUGAGAAAGUGGUGACAUACGCAAUGGAAGGAUCAACCAUCAAUAAAGACACACUGAGAACAUUUUGCCAGGGUGUUCUUGAUGGUACUGUGAAGCCUUUUUUGAAGACUCAAGAAAUUCCAGAGGACUGGGACAAGAAUCCGGUUAAAGUCCUUGUAGGGAAGAACUUUAACGAAGUGGCUUUUGAUGAGACUAAGAACGUCUUUGUGGAAUUUUAUGCUCCAUGGUGUGGUCACUGUCAGCAGCUGGCUCCUGUGUGGGAUGAGUUGGGAGAGAAGUACAAAGACCAUGAGAACAUAAUCAUUGCAAAAAUGGAUGCAGCAGAAAACGAUGUGGAAGAUGUCACUAUACAGGGAUUUCCCACCAUUAAAUACUUUCCUGCUGGGGCUGAAAAGAAGAUUGUUGACUAUAAUGGAAAUAGAGAUUUGGAGACUUUCUCAAAAUUCCUGGAUAAUGGAGGAGUGUUACCAGAAGAAGAGAGUAAAGAAGAUGAUGAGGACGACACGACGACGACGAUGAUGAUGAUGAUGAUGAUGAUGAUGAAGAUGAGGUGUCGGAUGAAUCAAUAGAAGAGUCACCAAAAUCUACCAAUGAAACCAGCAAGGAUGAGCUGUAAAAACAAAGCAUAAAUCAACUUUGUACUGAACCAGAUCAGUGUGAGAUUUAUGCAACAUGAGCCAAAUGUGUUUUAUCAGAUUAAUGUCAUUUUCUCUGCACUGGACCAUUUCAACAAACUACAUACCUGACUAAAUUGAAUAAAAAUAACUUAACAUGUAAAGUUUUUAUUCCUGAUCUAUAACUUACUUCUGUGGUGUGGGAUCCGUUAGACACUAGUAUCAGUAUUUGACUUCAGAAAAUUAUAUGGGUGAAUCUCACAAAAUUAAAAACUUGACUGGAUUGAAGCCUCUAGAAAAGUAUGUUUUUUAACGAAAAUGAAUAACAUUUUAUGUCUAAAAUAUCAUUACUGUAAAUAAUAGUAAUAGGUAUUACUACAGUAUAUCAUGGUGGUAUGUUUAACUAUUUAAAGUAUACAGAAUUAAAUGUUACACAUCAUUGUAUUACAGUAUUUUUUUUUUAGUGUUUAAUGUAAUACAAUACAAUUUACUGUAUUGCAAAUCUGAUCACUGUUAAGAAUAAAGGGAAAUGUAAUUACAUUUCCUUUUUUAAUCUUUUGGUUUUGUGGAAAAAUGUAACCUGAACAUGGAAUUUUUGUGAGUUUCACCCUGAUUUUUUGAUGCAUUUGUUGAUGUCAUGGCCUUUAUUUUCAAAGUAAAUAAAUGAUUAUGAUGAAUUCAU